AUGGAAACCGGUGGAGCGAUUCCGAGUCAGGAAACUGGAUCCGGGUUUCAAAAACCCGUUAACCCAGAUGGGUUUGUGACGAUCGAUGUCGAAAGUUUCUCUCCUGUUUUCCACAAAGACUUCGCUUCGUCCAGCCCCAGAAUUACUAGAAGUGUUUCGAGGAAAGGGUCUCCAAGAAGCAACAACGAGAGGAAACUCCAUUGUGACGCAAAUGGUAAUGACAAGGAGUCUUCAUUUCCUCAGUCCCCACUUAGAGGGUCAGGCACGCCGGAAAAGCCGAGCAACGUGGGGCCAACAGAUCAUGCAGGCACGGUUACAACCGCAGCCACCGCUGUUUCAGUCUUGCCGCUUCAUCAGAUCACCGUAUCUACGGCUUCUGCCGUCGCUGGAAAUAUAAUUUCCGACCAAAGUAGGGAAAGAAGAUUUGGUUUUGCAAGAAAGUCGAGUUUUAAACGUUCUUAUUCUUCUUGGAUGCUUGAUCCGAAGAAAAUCGUCCUCUUCUUUGCAACUUUGUCAAGCAUGGGAUCAAUUUUGCUAAUCAUAUUUACUCUCUCGAUCAGCAAGUCUAAUCCCGGAGAUAUGCCUCUAGACUAA